AUGGCCGCCACCACCGAGAAACGCAAUUUUUCCUCCUUGUCCUUUUCCUCCAAGAAGCAUCUGAACAGUGAAACCGGCUCUGGUGCUCACACUCCGACCUCGACCAAGCUGAAAAACUUCUUCCGUAUUAACAGUGGUGGAAGUCAGACAUCGAUAGGCUCGGACGGCUCGCCCGCUCCCAAGAUUGAACCCAGGCACGUCAAGCAAUCCAGGUUUCUGCCCGGCUUGAACAGAAAUAGAUCGACCACUGUUGCCAGUGAAGGACACCCCCUCGACGAUGCUAUCGCCUCUCCCACAGCUCAGGCGAACCCCUACUUCGUCCAUCAAGGUCCUCCUGCCUUGCGCCACCACAAUGAGGGUAGCGUCCCGCCCUCCCCUCCGGACACACCCAAAGUCCAUGUGAACGGUACAGCGGUUGAAGAGAAGGCAGUCACGGCUGGCAAAGAAGAACUGGCCCGGAAACUGAGAAGAGUGGCGUCGGCCCCAAAUGCACAAGGUCUAUUCAGCGGGAACAAGCCGACUCCGGAGCGCCCGUCGACAGCAGAACUCGGAAAGGAGCCCCUGGCGGUGAUCAAUGGCUCAUCGCCCAAGUUGGGCAUGAUUCCUCAGGAGGACUCGAGCACUCACAGCCUCCCGCCCAAACCUGGCAAUAUCCCUUCGCCGGGACAGAUUCGCCAAUCCGUCGCCUUUCGAAGGACCUACAGCUCCAAUUCGAUCAAAGUCCGAAACGUUGAAGUGGGCCCGCACAGUUUCGAUAAGAUCAAAUUGAUCGGCAAGGGUGAUGUCGGCAAGGUGUACCUCGUGCGUGAGAAAAAAUCAAACCGGCUCUAUGCCAUGAAAGUUCUCAGCAAAAAGGAAAUGAUCAAGCGCAACAAGAUCAAGAGAGCACUCGCCGAACAAGAGAUCUUGGCCACAAGCAAUCAUCCGUUCAUUGUUACUCUAUAUCAUUCUUUUCAGUCCGAGGAUCAUCUUUACCUGUGUAUGGAGUAUUGCAGCGGGGGUGAGUUUUUUAGGGCAUUACAAACCCGUCCGAACAAAUGUGUGGGCGAAGAAGACGCCCGGUUCUAUGCUGCAGAAGUCACAGCCGCGCUGGAGUAUCUGCACUUAAUGGGUUUCAUCUACCGCGAUUUGAAGCCAGAGAACAUCCUCCUUCAUCAGUCCGGUCAUAUCAUGCUGUCCGACUUUGAUUUGUCCAAACAGUCAGAUUCUGGCGGUGUUCCGACCAUGAUCUUGGGCACUCGCAAUGCGUCGAACCCCACUGGGUACCCUCUGGUUGAUACCAAGUCCUGCAUCGCCGACUUCCGCACGAAUUCCUUUGUCGGCACAGAAGAGUAUAUUGCUCCUGAAGUAAUCAAAGGCAACGGACAUACCAGUGCAGUUGACUGGUGGACGUUGGGUAUCCUGAUAUAUGAGAUGUUGUUCGGGACCACCCCUUUCAAGGGUAAAAACCGAAACGCGACUUUUGCAAACAUUCUGAGAGAUGAAGUGCCCUUCCCGGACCAUUCACACGCGACUCAGGUCAGCAACCUCUGCAAGUCGGUUAUCCGAAAGCUUUUGAUCAAGGACGAAGUCAAACGACUAGGGUCUAGGGCAGGCGCAUCGGAUGUCAAAAGCCAUCCUUUUUUCCGGCCCAUAACAUGGGCUCUGCUCCGGCAUAUGAAGCCGCCGAUGAUCCCUCAUCAAGGCAAGGCCCUCGACACAGUAAACUUCAGGACAGUGAAGGACAGCGGCAGCGUCGACAUUGGUGGCCCGGCAAGUCGACUUAAAGGCGUCCCGCUAGAUUCAUCUCUGGCGACUCCAGGAGGCGAGAUUGCCGAUCCGUUCCUGGAAUUCAACAGUGUGACACUGCAUCACGACGACGACGAGGCGAUCAUGAUGCACACAUAG